AUGAUGAACUUUAAUCAAAUUACAUUUAAAUCAAAGGACUCCGGUCCAGCCUUCUGGGGGCUCAUCAACCCAGAAUGGUCGCUGUGCAACAAAGGCCGCAGACAGUCUCCGGUAAACCUAGAACCGGAGAAGUUGCUCUUCGAUCCCAACUUAAGAUUUUUACAUAUAGAUAAGCAUAGGAUAAAUGGAUUAAUUAGCAACACGGGUCACUCGGUGAUCUUCACAGUGGAAAAUGAGACACGUCACCACAUCAAUAUAACAGGUGGACCGCUCUCGUACAAGUAUCAGUUUCACGAGAUCCACAUACAUUACGGACUACACGAUCAAUUUGGUUCGGAACAUGCCAUUAAUGGAUAUUCUUUCCCUGCUGAGAUUCAAAUAUUUGGUUUCAAUUCGCAGCUGUAUUCAAACUUUUCGGAGGCUUUACACAAAGCUCAGGGGAUUGUUUCGAUUUCUUUACUCUUACAGCUUGGAGACUUAUCAAAUCCAGAGCUAAGAGUGUUAACGGAGGAAUUGGAAAAUAUCAAAUAUGGAGGUGCUGAAAUGCCAGUGAAUCGUCUCUCGGUACGUGGACUGCUUCCUGAUACGGACUAUUAUAUGACGUACGAUGGUUCAACCACCGCGCCUGCGUGCUACGAAACUGUCACAUGGGUUGUUAUUAACAAACCAAUUUACAUAACAAAGCAACAGUUGCACGGCCUGAGGCGGUUGAUGCAAGGUGACGCUCGGCACCCGAAAGCUCCCCUCGGGAACAACUUCCGCCCGCCACAGCCUUUACACCAUCGGGCUGUGAGGACCAACAUCGACUUUGACUUGAGCAAGUAUCCUGGAAAGACGUGUCCCAGUAUGAACAGAAAUAUGCAUUAUAAAGCGAAAACUUGGACACAAUAUUAA